AUGAUUUUAUGAUAAUGCAAAUCUACAGUUUUAAUUAUUUGACUCUGCGUUUCAAAUUCUUAUACUCCUGUCAGAAAGCGAAGUAAGUUGAGAAUACUCUUUGCUCGUCUAAUAUCACUGCAACAAAGAGCGGAAACUUAAAAAAAGACUAGGAGGAAGAAGAAGAUAUGAUCGGAGUAGGAAGACCUAAGCAGUAUGGCAACGUGCUAGAUAAGCCUCUUGGCAAGGGCAAGCAAGAGGUUAGUCUCAAUGCUUUUUCAUUCUUGUUUUCAGAGCUUGUGCAAUACAACCAAACCCGAGUUGACAAUAUUGCAGAAUUAGAACGGAGGCUUGAGGAUGCAGGUUAUGGUGUGGGUUUGAGAGUAUUGGAGCUCCUAUGCCACAGAGAGAAGGGAAACAGAAGGGAGACAAGACUACUGGGCAUUCUUUCCUUUGUGCACAGCACAGUAUGGAAGUCCUUAUUUGGCAAGGUGGCCGACUCCCUUGAGAAAGGAACAGAACAUGAAGAUGAGUAUAUGAUCAGUGAGAGGGAACUUCUUGUUAAUAGAUUUAUAUCAGUUCCCAAGGACAUGGGAAAUUUCAACUGUGGAGCAUUUGUUGCAGGAAUUGUAAAGGGUGUCUUAGAUGGUGCAGGUUUCCCAGCGGUAGUGACAGCGCAUUUUGUCCCUGUGGAGGGUCAGCCUCGACCACGAACAACUAUUUUAAUAAAGUUUGCAGAUGAGGUACUUCAACGGGAGGCAAGAUUGAGUUAAACCUGGAAAAUAGAGUCAGAUUGAUAGUGUCAUUGAUAUGGACAAGAAACCUUGGAUUUUAAUCUUGGUUUCUGUUGGCAGCAGGAACUACCAGUUUUUGCUUUCUUUCAUGUCAUGCUGUAGCUAGAUAUUACAUGUUUUCAAGUUUAAUUGAAACUAAAGAGAUAUUUACUGUCCAAUUUUCUUUUAGGUUCAAAAUUCUUAUUGGGGCAUACUUUAAAAUUAAACAAGAAAGUUUAUAAAGGAAAUUGUACUCGCUAAAGAUAUUGCAUUAAGCUUCCCCAGUUGUUGUUUUUUAAAUGGACUCUCUGCAUAAUGUGACAUUUGAAUAACUUCUAUUUCAUUCAUAAAUAUGCUUCAGUAGGCAACCUUGACAGCCUAUUGUUUGACAUACAAAAUUAAGUGGGAUGUAUUUGAAAAAUGGAUUGUUCGAUACUUUCA